GCAAGGAGUGAUCACCAGUUUCACUUUUGGGCUAUGGUUACAAACCGGGUUAAGAUUUCAGUUCAAAAAAGGAAAUGUGCUGUCGCCUGGACUGUUUUGGACAUCACACAGGCCACGUUCUUGGUUGAAGGAUGAAGGAUGAAGGAGGAGGAUGACAUUCAUUAUUCUGUACAGAGGGAGAGAAGCUCCUGGUUUUUAGCAGUUGCAGCCCAGUGGUGGAAGUCCUCCAUUUCCCUGACACAAGCACAGAGCCAAGGUGUGUUUUCCAGCCCUCAGGGAAGUCUUCCUGGAGCCCACAACAGAGGAGAGGCAAUGGAACAAGGUUUACGAGACUGCUGUAGAUCAAUCCGCAUAGGAAAAAUCCUGAUACAGAGCGAUGAGGAGACUCAAAGAGCCAAAGUGUACUACGCUAAGUUUCCACCAGACAUCUACAGGAGAAAGGUUCUUCUUAUGUACCCAAUACUAAGUACUGGUAAUACUGUCAUUGAGGCUGUCAAAGUUCUUGUAGAACAUGGCGUACAACCAAGUGUCAUUAUCCUGCUAAGCCUGUUCUCCACACCUCAGGGCAAGUUGAGGCACUUGCCGUCUCUCAUAAGGUGCCAAAUCCAUCAUCCAGGAAUUUCCAGAGAUCGCCAUUGUCCUGAUUUCGGCUGGGAUAGAGUUAAUUUUCUUCUUGAUAGCUGGUGCUGUGCUGUGUUUUAGAUUUAGCGUGAGAAUAAUGUUAAUAACACACUGAUGGUUUUAGUUGUUGUUAGGUAAUGUUUACACUAAGUCAAGGACUUUUCAGCUUCUUAGGCCCUGCCAGCCAGAAGGCUGGAUGGGCACAAGAAAUUGGGAAGGGGACACGGCCAGGACAGCUGGCCUGAACUAGCCAUAGGAUACUCCAUACCAUAGAACAUUAUGUUGAGUGUAUAAACCAGGGGGAGCUGGCCAGGGCCGGCCGAUCGCUGCUCGGGGACUGGCUGGGCACCGGUCAGCGGGCGGUGAGCAAUUGUAUUGUGCGUUGGUUGUUGGGGUUUUUUUGCUCUGUUCCUUUGGAUUUUAUUCCUCUCCUCUUCUCUCUCCUUUUCAUGACAAUUGUUCUUAUUCUUCUUUACUUAUUUUAUGUUAUUUUAUUUCAAUUACUGAAUUGUUUUUAUCUCAACUCUCCAGUUUUACCUUUUUCCCAGUUCUCCUCCCCAUCCCUCUGGGGAAGUGAGCAAGUGGCUGCCUGGUUCUUAGUUGCCGGCUGGGUUUAAACCACGACAACCACUUAACUACAGAAUUUCAUCCUGUUGCACCAACACACUUUGGACAGAAGUAUUUUGGAACGGACUGACAGACUCGGAACAAACGAGUUUGACUGUAUGAUGUCACAAGAGGGGUUUUUUCUAUGUUUUAUUAUUGUUGAGUUGGUUAAGGGCAUAUUUUAAAAUCUUUUUUGGCCAGAGGGGGUAAAUACCUGACUUAGAUCAGUUCUGGUCAGUUACUGCCUGGACACUGGCUCAGGUACAGUAAGAAAGCACUCUGUCAUGACGAAGUCAGGCAUCUCAAUGUUGGGGUUGUAUAAAUUGCUACACAUUCUGCUUUAAUUUAUUUAUUCUUCUAUAGCCUGAAUUUUUUGGGUGCAACUGGAUUUACAGCACCUAACUAGAUAGAGACUGACAGUAAACUUCAUGAGAGAAAUCCUUUGGGCCUUUUCCACAAUGCAUCAUACAGACCUAUCUUACAGACCGCACCAAUGAAAGUGGAAAUGAAUGUUACCCCUUAAAGAGCUAUUUGCAAGUUAAAAAAACCCUACCAUACACUCAGCUGAAUGCUUCAUCUCCUUUGUUACCUGCAGCAGUGAGUACAGACAGCCUGAGGAAUUUCUGUUUUCCAGUGCAUUUACCUAGCAUGUUGAACAGAACUUUACACAUCUUGCAUUUAUCAUAUGCUUUGUAUGAGACCUUCUUUCA